GGGCUCCUUUACCAGCCCAUCAUGCCUUCCGCCAUCAAAACCUCUUCGAAAUCGAAACCAAAAGGCCCCAUAUCAAAAGGGAAAGCCCCGGCUGCCGCUACUAAGUCGCCAAAACCUGCCGAAGUACCGGCUGAAGACAAUGAAGAGGACGAGGAGGAUGAGGAAUACGACAGUGGGGUAGAUGAGGAAGGUAUGGAGAAGCUCAUGAAGGCACUGGGUGAGAAUGGACUGGAUGAUUUUGAGAGGGCACAAUUACUAGCACUAGGCGGUGAGGGUAGCGAGGAUGAAGAAGAAGACGAUGAAGGUGAGGAGGGUGAGGACGAGAGUGGAAGCGAGGAAGAAGACGUCGACGACGAAGAUGAUGGUGCUGAGGAUGACGAGAGUGACGAGGGCCAGGACGAUGAAGAAGAUGCCGUAGUUCCUAAUGGUGAGGUCGACGCGGAAGACGAAGAGGCAGACGAGGCCGUCGCCCUGGACGAAGUCGAGUCUGUGGAUGAAGAUGCCGUCCCUCGUCAAAAAAUAGAGAUUAACAACACGGUUGCACUCGAACGGAUACGCGAUACAAUUCAGCUCGAUCCAUCAUUACCAUGGACAGAGACCUUGGUCCUCUCAUAUCCACAAAGAAUCGAGGUAGAUGUUGAGAACGAUUUGGAUCGUGAAGUUGCAUUCUACAAACAAGCCCUCCACUCCGCCUCCUCCGCCCGCGACCUCGCAAAAUCCUCCUCCCCACCCCUGCCCUUCACCCGCCCCACCGACUACUUCGCCGAGAUGGUAAAAACCGACGCGCACAUGGAGCGCAUCCGACAACGUCUGCUCGACGAGAGCGCGACGAUCAAGAAGAGCGAGGAGAAGCGCAGGGAGAGGGAGGGGAAGAAGUUCGGGAAGCAAGUGCAGAUGGAGAAGUUGAAGGAGAGGGAGAAGGGGAAGAAGGAUAUGGAGGAGAGGUUGAAGGGCUUGAAGAGGAAACGUCAAGGCGCCCUCGACAACGCCCAAGCAGACGACUCAGCCUUCGACAUCGCAGUCGAAGACGCCAUCUCCGGCCGUCCCUCAUCUUCCCAACCCAACAAACGGGCCAAAGGCGCCGACGGGAAAAAAUUCCCUCGAAACGCGCGGGAUCAAAAGUUCGGCUUCGGAGGAGCGGGAAGGAGGUCGAAACAGAACGAUAAGGCAUCGACGGACGACUUUGGUGGUGAGGGUCGUGGCAGUGGUGGGAGGGGUGGAAGGGGUGGAAGAGGCGGGUUUGGUGGAAGAGGGGGACGAGGAGGCGGUGGGGGACGGGGUGGGGGAGGUGGUGGGAGGGGCGGAGGUGGUGGACGGGGAGGUGGUGGUGGUGGGAAGAGGAUGGGGAAGAGUAGGAGAGUUAGUGCGAAAAGUCGCUGAGCGGAUGUUGAGCGGUG